CUGAAAUGUUUUUGUUUUCGCAUUUAAUUUUAUUUGCAAUCUGACAAGCGACUGCCAUCUUUGUGGCGUUUCCAAAACGACGCAAAAUGAAAUAAGCACUUUUAACGGCUCUCAAAUCCUCCAUAGCAAAAAUUUGCUAAACUAUGUGAGCAAUUCCACUCCUGACACUCCGGUCUUCUCACAUAUAAUGUUCCAUUUGUGCAAUUUAAAUCAAGAUUUGCAUGCACGUGCCGCAGUUUGAAACAUCACAGUCAUUCUGAUGCGUUGACUCGGACACAAGCCCCCGUGAUUUUGACUUCCCAUGGAAACUUAUCGGUGCAAAUUUUUAACUGAAAGUUGUCAGCCAAUUGGAGAAGAGGAUCCCUGAGUUGUAGAAAGUGUCAAGUUUUGAGGAGAUGUGUUAAGAAAAAAAAGAAAGUAUUCCAUAUUACUUGAAUUUGAACUCUCUGGAACUAGUCCUCUAAUUUUCACAAGUCUUGGUGCGGUGAACAUUGUGAACAAAGACCUUUUUUUUCUGACCUAGAUAAUGAUUUGCUGAUAUGUGAAACUGCCGCAUUAUAGCGCCUUAUUCAAUGCCCCCCUCACCCCCCGUCCUCCUCCAAGUAUUUGUGGCUGCCUAUCGACAGCCUCUACGAGCACUCGAUAGCCCAAAAAAUAAUGGACGAAUCCCAUUUCAACUCGUCCUACUUUUGGUCUCCCGUCCCCACUGUACAAGGACAGAUUGAGAGCGGCAUGUUCCUGAACAAAACCAAGGAGCAGCUCGGCACAGAGAAGCCGGGCGCGCCGGCGUUCCCGCACUCGGCCGCAUCCUCCGCCGCCCCGCACUACCCCACGGCGGUGCUCGCCAUCCCCGGCCCAGCGGAAGCGGGGCCCGGGCUGCGGGUGGUCACCAAACAGGAGGGCAGCGGCUCGGCGGGAGCAGGAGGAGGAAGCGCUUCCAUGGCCGCGCACGUCAACCAGUCGCACACAUCGCAGAACGUCACUGUCGUGCCCGUUCCUUCCACUGGAAUCAUGACCGCAGCGGGCCUGGUCAUCACCACUCCCCCGGGCACGCUGGUGCCCACCGCCUCCACGCAGUCUUUUGUGGCCGGGCCUCACUCGGCCACCACCAUGAUCGUGUCCGCCGUGCACCCCUCAAACGCAGACAAGAAGAACAACACUGCAGGACCCCCCGCCGUCAUGGCGACGCCGGGCAAGCGGGGCAGGAAGAGCAAGCAGACGAUGAGCAGAACGAGCAGCGUCCUCCCUCCAGGAAGCGAUGCGUUAAUACUGGCCCACCUGGCCGCCACGGGCCAGCAUCAUUCUGCCGAUCCUUACGACCUCUCCAACGAUGAGGACGACCACUCCAGUAAAGAGGGCCCCAAAUCCUACAGGUGUCGCAUGUGCGCCGUGACGUUCUUCAGCAAGUCGGACAUGCAGAUUCACGCCAAGUCGCACACGGAGGCCAAGCCCCACAAGUGUCCCCACUGCUCCAAGUCCUUUGCCAACUCCAGCUACCUGUCGCAGCACAUCCGCAUCCACAGCGGGGCCAAGCCCUACAGCUGCACCUACUGCCAGAAAACCUUCAGGCAGCUCAGCCACCUGCAACAGCACACACGGAUUCACACGGGUGACCGGCCGUACAAGUGUAACCAUCCCGGCUGCGAGAAAGCUUUCACUCAGCUCUCCAACCUGCAGUCUCACCGCCGGCAGCACAACAAGGACAAACCGUUCAAGUGCCACAACUGCAACCGCGGUUACACGGACGCCGCCAGCCUGGAGGUGCACCUGUCCACGCACACCGUCAAACACGCCAAGCUGUUCUCCUGCGGCCUGUGCAACCGCUCCUACACCUCGGAGACGUACCUGAUGAAACAUAUGAGGAAGCACAACCCCGACGCGCUCACGGCGGCCGAACAGACGCAGCGCUCCGGCGGCCGGGGCCGCGGACGCGGCAGGGGCCGGGGUCGAGGGGGCUCGCUGCAGGGCCCGGCCAACCCCAACAACGCCGGCCCCCCCGGCGGAUACCAGCAGCCCGGCGAGGGAGUCAUCCCGUGCCCCUUCGAUCUGCACCAGUACAAGACGGUGGCGGCCGGCGAGAUCCAGUACAAACCGGGCACCGUGGCAGACCACAAAGACCUCUGCCUCACUGUGUCCACGUCCGCCAUCCAGGUGGAGCACAUGAACUCGGAUCGAUCUGAAGACGCGCAGUGUUUUCACAACCCCGACCAAGAAGCUUUAAGGCAGAGUGCGGCCCGCGGUGUCCAGUUUGUUUGCCCAAAUCAGAAGCGGCUUCUCCAUCUCCCAUGAGGUGAGAGACUUUUCCGAGUUGUGGUUUCACCUUGUUUGGACGAAAUACAGACGCUACCUUAUGAGGUGGGGCGGAAUUCAUGACUGACUUGUUGCAAAAUCUAAUACUACAAGUGAUACAGAGUCAACCCCCUUUUUAAGGGGGGGGGGGGGUUCCAGACCAGACCCAGAGAUGUUUCCCCCCCCAACCUGAUUUUGAGCAAAGGCAGCCAUUUUUCAUGUGAAAAAUGUCACGGCACACCCCACCAUAUGAAUGUCACAAAAGUCGACACAAUGAAAUCUCAACAAGCUCAUUUUCAUUCUCGUGCUUGGUGUGAAAUGCCGGCCUGACUUGAUCCGUUCUUCGAAUGGCAACAUGUCAAUGGGCAGGUUUCUUGUGCCUUCUGCCAUUUCAUGGAAGCACACGCAUGGAAGAGUUCCGCCUGUCAAAAUGAACACAAAUGGCCUAUUUCCACCACACCUCUGAUAAUCUCUCACGGCACGCUGUUUGGGAAUCAGCAAAGGAGACCCCAUACAUGAUUUAAAAGAGAGGAGAAGAAAAACGUAAUAUAUUCACACAAAAGAAAUGGCAAAAUAUUCAACCAAACCACAUAAUUUCAUCGAGUUAAAGCCUGCUAGCUUCUCAAGGGUCACCAACAUGCCCCCCCCCCCUCAACCACUUUGAGUAGCCUGAGGGCCUGUUCUAUAAGUAAGUCCCGAGUAAAUUUUUUUUUGUACGAUGCCAUUCAUUAAAAAAAAUGUGACACUUGACAAUGAACUAACUUGUUUGUUGUAAACGAAUUCAUUGAUUUUUUUUGUUUUUUAAACAUAGUGUAGUUCAACAGUCUGUAUUGUAUUGCAUGACCCAACCCAUAGCGUUUGUGGAGACACCCUAGCCGGCGCAACGACUAGAUGAUUUACCCCAAGCAAAUUUGUUCAUUCGGAAGUGCCUAUCAAUCUGGUUGCGCCGGAAGCAGCUCUCCGUUUGUAACAGGUUGGUGACGCCUGUGUCACGGUCAUUGUAAACCUGUAAAGAACUUUGACUUGGCAAACGGAGCAGCAACACAUUCAAACGGAGCGUUCUCGACGUCUCCUUCUUCUUCUUCUCCGGGGAAUUGAAUUGCUCUACCUUCUUGUGUACGAAUGCCUGAAUCUUGUCAACGGGACUGUUGCUAGCUCGGGUAGCGUCUGUCGUCCUUGCGGGAGGCAUCAUCACGUGCGUCGAGAAAGACGAGAAUCCUGUCGCCGGCCGCUCAAAAUGCCCGUCGAGGGACGUUUGCCGAAUGCACUCAACCGGGCAGGGCUCACGAACUAAGCACUUGAUGAAACCCUGUAUGUUUGUCACCUGUACUUUUUUUUUUUUUUUUAAUAUGUUCGUAUUUUUGUACCGGCAGACAAAGGUGAGAGCGUGAAUGUGAAGAAAGGAACGGUGUUUUGUUUUUGUUUUUAUUGUUAACUAAUAGAAAUAUUAGUGACCCUCUGUCGCAACAUUUCAGCAGCCAGUUGUUGGGGGAAUUCAUGAUUGUAUGACAAAAUGGCUGACAGGUACUGUUACUAUUAAUCUUUUCUUAAAACACACAAAAAAAAAGCUUUUUCGUGCAUACUAUGACUCUCAUUACAACUGUAUUGCAAAUGUUAUCCACACUAUUAUCAACUUAAAGGCAUUAUUAUUAUUAUAUGGCAGUAUGCUGUACAUAAGAGUUUUCUGUAAAAGGGAAGCAUGUCCUGUGAAAAACAUUCCCCCCCACCCCCUUUAAGUUUUUUUAAGACACAAUAACAAACUUCCUCUGUGCAUUGGAAUUUAACAAAAAAAAAAAAUAUUAGUGAUAUUCACUCAAAUGAUGUUUGGACUGGAAUGAUCAACAAACUGAUAAUAUUUGGCAAUGUGAAGUGACAGUGAAUACAAUUUACGAUAUUUGUUCAUCUCGACUCACUUGAUGCCACACGUUUUCCUGCGUGUAUCCAUUGUCUGCAUAGGAAAAAUUAUGAAUUACCAUUCAAGUUAUGGCUGAUGCUAACGCAAUGAGCCAUGCUGCUCUUUAGCAUACUGUAUGCUCACCCAGUGGGACUGUUUGAGAAUAAAGUUGGCAAACAGA